AUGCCCUUCACGCUCAACCUCAACUCCUUUGGCUCCUUCAACCACGGAAAGCGGGGGCAUGUGACGUGGCUGCGGCCCGAGCCGAGCAGUGCCAUUGAAUCGCUGCACGCAGCAAUGGUCGAUACCCUCUCCCAUAUGGGCAGGUGGUCGAGGAUGAAGCAGCCGCACAUGACAGUGGCGCGGUCACAGCCAGCGCCCCUCACGCAAGAGCUGCAGCAGCACUGGACACCAAUCCAGUUUGAGGUGGAUCGCGUGUAUCUGCUGCAGCGCACCAGCAGCAAGAGCCCGAUGCAAGUCGUUGGCGAAAUCCAGCUGGGCCGUGACAGUGGAAGUGAUGAUGACGGCGAUGGUGGUGGUGACAGUGCACAGCAGGAGCAGCAGCAACGCCGCGGUGAUGAUGACGCAACUAACAGCGCUCUUCGCAGCCUCCUGCAGGCGUUGAAUGCAUCCGUGCGAAGAGGAGUCAUCACCCGCUCUCGAAUGGUGCAGCUCAGACGGGCGCUGCUGCCGCCGCCACUCGCCGUUGCGGAGAAUGACCGCCCGUCUGUGGAGGAGGAGAUUGAGUUCGCUGCGCGUGUGUUUGAGUCUGAUGGCGUGGAGGUGCAGGACGGCACCACCGUCAUUAUUACCGUCGAUGGCAGCGACGAUGGUGUUCAGGCAGUUGUGGACAUUUCCAUCGCAUUUGACGAUAACCAUCCCAACGUCACUCCACGCGUCACCAUCCACAGCGCACAGAACCUCACGGCUGCCCAGCAGGCCGUGCUGGCGCUUGUGCUGAACACACACACGGAGCACUGGUUCAACACACCGCUGCACCCGUUCGCCCCCGAGCAGUUUUUCGUGUUCAGCGUGUUUAACACAGCAGCGCACUUCCUCCGUGACGAGCAGAGCCGUCUUGGCACAGUGCGAGCCGUCCACUCUGGCGGUAAGCCCUCCGUGACAGUCAACAACACCACCACCAACUACAACCACCUGCUCGAAUGGAGAGACGUGAACACGAGCACCAAGCAGCAGCUUGGGACACUCUCUGUCCGGGAAUUGGACACGCUCGUCUAUCGCGCUCUGCUCAAGCACAUGCACACGACGUUGCGCAAGCCCACACGUGAAGGUGGACGCCAGCGCCGGUAUUCCGCUCGCCUGACACAUGUCGAAAACGUCCUACACCCAACGUUGCUUGAGCGCUACAAUGAGGCCGUGGCCAGGCUCCUUGACACGGGGGCUGUCCACGACAGGUCGAACGCACAUGCAGACGAGUAUCCAGAGGAAAUCAAGACGCUGUUGCCGCGGUUGGCGUUCCAUGGUACGUGCGAGCGAAAUGUUGCCGAGAGCAUUGCAAAUCAGGGACUUGUCGCUCCCGGGGACUUUGACGACAGCGGACGCUACAUCGGCAUGAAGACAGGUGCCCUGUACGGUUCCGGCAGCUACGUGUCGCCCAAUCUGCUGAAGAGUCACUGGUAUUCGUACCAGGACGCACGUGGACACGCGCAGAUGCUGGUUGGCCUGGCCAUCCCUGGCCGCUGUCGUCAGUUCACCGCCGAUUCCAUUUCCCAAAUCAGACGUGACGGACUCGAAAUCCACGAUCUUGAGUGCGACAGUCACACGGACCCGUCAAAGGAGGAGCUGAUUCUGUACACAUCCGACCUCUUCCUCCCUGUUCUCCUCAUCGAAUACGCACUCACGGAUGAGCAAGUCAACCCACCCUCUGCCCCAGCCCUCAAAGGGUCUGUGGAAGCACUCGACGAUGUGCAGCAGUUUGCUGUCGCCCAUCUCCUCUCCCUCCCACCGUCAUCAUCGUCAUCAUCACCAUCAUCAUUGUCAUCAUCGUCGAUGCCGGCGCACGGCGAGCCAUCAGCGGCCAAGCAGCAGAAGCAGCAGAAGAAGAAGAAGCACGGAGGCAGCGCAGAUGGCGAGAAGGGUGAAGUGAAAGGUGAGUGGAACAAGUUGAUGGCGGCACUGGGUCCGCGGACGAAGCAAACACUGCAGCUGCAGCUCACACAGGAGCACUGGCUGCUCGAGCUGCGCCCCGCACUCUUCCAGCCCGCCACCAUGCCGCUCCAUGGUGGCGGCGGCGGCGGCGGUGCUCACCACCACAUGGUGUUGUGUCUGGCCCGUUUUCCGGACAUCAAGGGCAGCAUGCUUUCGGACCUUGCAUCCGGCGUGGAGCUCCUCAUUCGGUAUCGGUGA